AAUGCUUGCUACUGCUACAAAUCCUCAUUCUUCCUCUCUCUCACAUCUAAACAAAAUACUCCUAGAAAUUAAAUGGCGAUGAAAAGGAGCGCUAAGCUGGCCGCCGCGAUCCUCUGCUUGGCGGUGGUGGCGGGUGGAGGAGCGGAAACGAUAGCUGAGAAGUGCGCAGCGGAGUUCCAGAAGGUGACGCAGUGCCUGUCGUUUGUAACGGCGAAGGCCAAGGCGCCGAGUAAGGACUGCUGCAACUCGGUGACGGAGCUCAAGGACACAGAUCCGGCGUGCCUUUGCUACAUCAUAGAGCAGGUGCACAACGGAUCCAAUCCCGCCAUCAAGAGCAUGGGCGUCCAGGAGUCUCUCCUGCUGCAGCUCCCCUCCGCUUGUAAGCUCGCUAAUGCCAGCAUCACUGAAUGCCCUAAGCUUCUAAACCUGCCUCCAAACUCCCCUGACGCCGCCAUCUUCACCAACACCUCCACGAGCGCGACUUCAACACCAGUGGCAACACCGGGAACGUCGUCGCCAACACCCAAUAAGGGGGAUUGGCAGAAACCUCAAGUUGCAGGAUGCGUAACAGUGGCGACGGCGAUGUUCAUCUUGUGGGUGACGCCUUUUUAAGCGGAGAUCAGUUUGAAAGUGGUUUAUGUUUGAAGUUUAAGAUGAAUGAAUUUUAUUUAGCUUCCACGCUUGUUGUUGAGCAACGCCUAUCCUACUUUUAGCUUCGACUAUUAUCAACUUUUGCCUUCCAUUUUAACUAAUUAACUGCGUAUUAUAGCACGUA